UAUGUUUGGAUGUGUUCAAGUUUCGUCGACUAGUUCUCUCGAUCUAUCGCUCGCUUAUCGCACAAACCUUAGUGAUGGCUUGUCUCAACGACAUGUUAUUAUAUGUUGGAUAAUUCGGCAAGGAAUUUGUGUUGUACUUUAGGAUUUUAGAAUGAGAAAUUUUAUUGAACUUUGUUUAGAAAUGUGGUUGUUUAUUCAUCAUAUUGGCGGCACGGCUGUUCAAACGGAUAUACCACUAGGUGCCAUAUUUGAUUAUAAAGCUGAUGCCGCCGCUAGAUCAGGUUAUCUUUACGCCAUUUCUGUUUAUAAUGAUACGUCUAAAGAUGCUCUAAGUUUUGCUACAGUUUAUGAUGAACUCGAUAUAACUGAUAAUUUCAGAGUAGCUUCUAAAAUAUGUUCUCAAAUGGCUGGAGGAAUCUUUGCCUUUUAUGGAAAAACUGAUACGAAAUCAUUCAGCAUUAUCCAGUCUUUUAGUAAUGCUUUUCGUAUGCCUUAUAUAACGUUCAGUUUGUGUGGUACUGCUGAUCAGCGUGAGAAACCAUAUGUAGUCUUUAUCAAACCGUCUUACACAGACGCCAUAACCGAUAUAAUUAAAACGUUUGGUUGGACAAGAAUGGAUUAUAUUUAUGAUUCGGAUGAAGGCUUAAUGCGUGUACAGUAUAUCUACAAUAAAUUAAAAGAAGCCAAUUUUACGAAUAACGUAGACAUUGGAUUUCGUCGUGUGGAAGAUAUAAAUAACGCCCAUGCAGAUUUACGGCGAUUAGAUAGAUACCAUGCCGAUUCUGCUAAAAAUGUUAUCUUAGAUUUGUCUUCGCAAGAAGCUUACAGAAAAAUUCUUAAACAGAUACCGGAAGUAGGGAUGAACAGAGAUGGAUAUAAUUAUUUAAUGGGGACCCUAGAUAUGUUGAGUUUAAACCUAACAAGAUUUCGACAUGGUGGUGUAAAUAUAACAGGUUUUCAGUUAGUUAAUCAUUCCUCACCUCGUGUACAAACCUUUCUACGGGAAUGGGGAAGUCUAGAAUCUACCGUAUGGCCUGGUGCUGGUCGACCUAUAUUAGAUGUUGAUGCUGCUUUAUCAUUUGAUGCAGUAGAAACGAUUAGUAAAGCAUUAAAGAUGAUGAUACAACGACAGGAGAGAGUGUUCCAGUAUACAUUUAGACGAGCUGAAGUAUUUAAUUAUAAUAAAACUAAAGGAAUACCAUGUAUUAAUCCUGUUAUACCCUGGAUGCAUGGACAAGAUAUAUAUAACAGCAUUAAAAAGGUUGGCUUUCAUGGUUUAACAGGUCACGUGGCCUUUGAUGGAAGAGGGUACCGCCGAGACUAUAAGUUUGAUGUGUUAACUGUCAGUCUUAAUAAUGGACCAGAAAAGAUUGGUGAAUGGGGAAGUAGAGAUGGACUAAAAAGUGUUUAUGAUGUUGAAGAAACAGGAGGAUGGAAUUAUACCAAAUCCAAAUUGGAAAGAACUGUUGUCUCUAUAUUAACAGCGCCAUUUUUAAUGAUAAAUAAUAAGUCUGAAAUGGGACGACCACCUACGGGAAAUGAUAGAUAUGAAGGAUACUGCAAAGAUUUGGCAGAAGUCAUCUCUAAGCAAUUAGGGAUCAGCUACAUCCUGGUACUUGUAGAAGACAGUAAAUAUGGCAGCGAGUUAGAUAAUGGUUCAUGGGAUGGAAUAAUAGGCGCAUUAAGAAGAGGGGUGAAGUCAAUCUUCCAACCAGCAUAGUUUUCACGCAAGCAAGCUGACCUAUCUGUGGCACCGUUAACAAUAACAGCCGAGCGAGAGAGAGUCGUGGAUUUCUCUAAACCUUUUAUGAAUGUCGGCAUCAGCAUCAUGAUUUUGAAACCAGAGAAGCAGAAACCGGGAGUUUUCUCGUUCAUGGAACCUUUCUCGAUACAGAUCUGGGCUUGUAUAACUAUAGCCUAUAUCAUAGUUAGUUUUAGUAUAUAUUUCGCAAGUCGCUUCAGUCCUUAUGAAUGGAGUACUGAAGAUCUGACGUCAGGCACUAUUUAUCACAACCAGUUUACACUACCAAAUUCCUUCUGGUUCUCGAUGGGUGCUUUAAUGCUACAGGGAAGCGACCAUGUAUGUCCGAGAUCUACAGCAGGACGUAUUAUAGGUGGUGCCUGGUGGUUUUUUGUAUUAAUUACAAUAUCAUCGUACACAGCUAAUCUAGCAGCGUUUUUAACAAUAGAACGGAUGUUAACGCCCAUAGAUUCACCAGAUGCUUUAGUUAAACAGACACAAAUAGCUUAUGGCACCGUUGAUGCUGGUUCUACCAUGUCAUUUUUUCAGAAAUCAAAAGUGACAACAUAUAGAAGUAUGUGGAAUUACAUGGCGUCAGCUACACCCAGUGUCUUUACAAAGACGAUAGCAGAAGGCGUUCAAAGAGUUAGAAAGUCCAAAGCUAAAUAUGCUUUUUUAUUGGAAUCGUCUAGCAACGAAUUUUACAACAACAAAAAACCCUGUAAUACUAUGAAAGUUGGACCCAAUUUGAACCUGAAGGGAUUUGGUAUAGCAACACCUUUAAACUCUGACCUUAAAGAAGCUAUUAAUUAUGCCGUACUUAAAUUAAAAGAAGACGGAACACUUCAUAAACUUCAACAGACGUGGUGGUUUGAAAAGGGUGAAUGUGGUACGGAUCCUGGGAAUAGGGAAUCUAAGAAGAGAUCUUUAUCUUUAAGUAAUGUGUCUGGGAUCUUCUAUAUUCUGAUUACUGGAUUAGUUCUGGCGAUUAUUAUUGGUUUGAUAGAAAUAUAUUAUGGAAGGAAACACCCACCACAACUUGUACAUUAUUCAUACAGCCGAAGAUGGCAGAAUUCUCGACCUAAUUUAGGAGUGACAUCUACGGAGCACCAUAAUGGUAUAUUUGUUGAUUCAAUGAUGAGAUGAUUAGAACAUAUUGUAUUAUAUAUACAUAUAUAUAUUCCUCGUGUUUAUUUGUUUUUUUAAUUACUGUCAAAAAGCACAUUGUUGAUAUUUCUUGUAACAUAUUGUCUAUUAGUUACAUAUCGUAUUAUGUCACAUUUCCAAUUAAUGUUUCUAAAAAGAUUAAAAUUAAAUUAUUGUCA